AUGAGACUUGGGCGUCGCCGAGAGGAAACUCUCUCAUCGUCCGACGAUACCACUAUCUCGGAUCAGGAUGAUGAGCGACAUUAUGAGUACAUUCUCAAGGAGAUGUACGUGCCUUCUUUGAGCGAUAACUCAUCUGCCGCACAGAAAGACCUUGUGGACCUCGUCUUUGUUCAUGGACUAGGGGGGAAUCUCAGAACCACUUGGAAGCAAGAGGGCACAACUGAGCCAUGGUUUACAAAGCCAGAAUUUCUUGGCCGUCUUCAAGAUUCGGUUCGCGUCCUGUCAUUUGGCUACAAUGCUCACCGUUUCGGCGAUGUCGCCAACACGAGGAUAAUCCAUCACGCCAAUGAUUUACUCCGAAAUCUGGUUCUCAAACGACUCGAUCACCCAGACCGCCCUUUAAUAUUCAUUGCUCACAGUCUUGCCAUCAAGCAAGCUACGAAGUCCAUAAUCUUCAUGGGGACUCCUCAUAUGGGAUCGGAAAAAGCUGAAGACCUCGUCGUUGUGCAGAAAUUGGCAUCUUUGAUGAAACUUCAAACUGCUGUCGCGACAAACCUCACAAAAGAACUUCGAGCGUUCUCAAACUCAGUACAAGAUAUCAACAUGGAAUUUACUAUUGAUGUUCAUCGUUCCAUCAAGCUCUUAUGUUGCUAUGAGUCCCAUCCACAGCGGUUACCGAAUGGAGCAAAAGAAAUUAUAGUCCCUCAAUGGUCUGCUGUCCUUCAGGGCGUCGAUAAUAUAGAUCUCAAUUGUACGCACUCUGGAUUGCCUAAAUUCGCUUCCCCAUUACACCCACGGUUCGAACUGUUCUGGGGUGAAGUUGAAAGGCUAGUGAGACUGGCUGAACCACCUCCGAUCAAACCAUUAAAAAAGGCACCCACAUGGACAGAUGAAGAUGUUCCACAGCCGUCGCCUCGGCCACGCCCGAAUGCUCCUCUCCGGCGUCGACAUGACGUUGGGAAAGCAUCGAAAACCUCUAGAGACUCGGCGAUUCGCUCAAGUGUCGACAAACUAUUGAAAGAAGUUACAAGCCGCAUCAAUGCCGACUUACCAAUACCGCAUGAGACUGCCGUGUCUCAAGCUCAGAAUCGGACACAACCGGGGAAAUUUGAUGUUAAGGAGUUUAGUGAUUUCACCCGCCUUCUUCGCUCUGUGACACCCGAAAAUAAAGGUCUUGAUCGCGAGGCUCCUCACUGGCAGACAUGCUCAUGGAUAUUGGAGGAUCCCACUUUCGUCAAAUGGAAGGAAAACAAGAGUGGCAGUAUCCUAUUCAUUACAGGAAGCCCUGGAUGUGGCAAGUCAAACUUGGCAAAGUACAUCCAGGGUGCAAUGAAAGAUUCGAACGAUGAGAGAUGGGAGGAGAGCCUCGUCAUACCAUUCUACUGUGAUAGUCUGGAGAGCUCUCGACACAAUCCUCCAAUAUUGGAUCUUGUUGUCCAAUCUAUGCUGAGCAAGUAUACCACCAUAUCACAAGCGACACGAAAGAAGCUGGAAUCAGUCUUGGAAACCCUUGGGGUUGAUAGACAGAAGUCACGAUCACCUCUCGAAACCGAGAAUAGCGGACAUUUCUUCCAACUGAUGGAAAUUGUUCAAUUACUGGCGACGGCUGAAGAUGCUAGACCAACUUGUCUCAUAAUUGAUGGUCUAGAUCAAUGUGAAGACGAAUUCAUCAUCCGGUUGCUCCGUGGUUUAGACACGAUUUUCCGUCGCGAGUCUUCUGCUUCAGCCCUCAAAGUUGUCGUAACAUCACGCAUGGCAGACUCGAUCCGAGGGUUCGCGCUCGCAAAUAACCACAUAGAAGUCACACCAGAUCUGAUCCUUAAUGAUAUACAAAAAGUAGUUGACGAAGAAGUCGACCGCAUUAUUUUGAGUCGCCGAAUAGCCACUGUUGGACGAGCUUCUGUUUCUGCCGUCAUUGUUGAGAGGUCGAAUGGAAGUUUCCUCUUCGCAUCAGCAGUCCUCAAGGAACUGUGGCACAUCAAAGACACAGGGGCCAACUCAGUCUUUACACUCGUUACGAGCUGUCCUCCAACCAUGGAAGCGAUAUAUCAACAAGACAUGGACCGCAUUCAAAAUGAACGCAACGACUUAUUUCAGCUGAUUCAGAUUAUCUGCAUAGCAAGGUCGACCUUGAGAAUAGAAGAGGCCAAGGAGAUCCUUCGGUUUCUAAAUCCCUCGGUAACAAGGACUUACGAUCUUGUCGGCGAUUUGACAAGAACAUGCCAGCGGCUAAUUAGAUUUGGCGCUGAGGACACUCUCGAGCUUUUGCACCAGACUCUUUACGACUUUAUUCUCGACACGUACGAUGUCAACCUUGUACAUCAAACCCUCGCAACCGCAUGCCUCAAAUAUGUUAGGGAGAUAGAUUGGGAGCCAUAUUACGACCCAUGGACAGACUACUGCCGAGAUGCUCUUGCAGACCGCUACGUAUUUCUGGAAUACUCUUCGGCUUGGUUUAGGUAUCAUUUGAAGUUCUUUAGGCCAGAUACCUACAAGAUAUCUGGGGAUUUAUGGGAUUUCAUCCGCUCCCCAGCUGGGGAAAAGUGGCGAUAUUAUACGUUCCAGAGACAACGUACUUGGGAUUCUAGGAGCCCGUCGCCAACAAGAUCGCCUGCAUUAUUCAGGGCUCAGACACCGACUCCUUCUAGGUCUAGAAGCAGGUCCUCGAGAGGGUCCAGGACUCGAUCGCCCCCUGCAAUAGAACGCCCACAGACCUCUUCCUCAAAUACUGGCGCGCAGAAAGAAGAUGUGGUCGAGGCUGGAUACUUAUCGGACGGCACAGACGAUAGUGUGAGCAAAUGUGACUCUGACGGAUCUGGAGGCCGCGGGCGGUUGACCACCACGGCUCAAACUUCCAUUCGAUCAGCAAAACCACCCUUGGUGUUGCUCGCUCAGUGGGACGCGGAUCUUGUGAUCAAAGAGAUCUUCUCUCACGCCCUAGAACAUACCCCAAACCGCUUCCUCCACAGAAUCCGUGAUCUUCUUAUUCAUAUUUCCCCGAAUUCAAGGCAACAGGUCGAAGAAGACCUAGAGACACUGGUCAACGACAUAUGGGAAGGCACCACAGCAAUACACUAUGCUGCAGCCCAGCCGGGGGCAGCUUUGGAGGUGCUUCUGCCUUUCGCAAGGAAUGUAGACCUACCAGAUAAUGACGGGUCAACGCCUUUGAUCCUUGCCGCAGUCCGUGGCCAUUGCCGGAGCGUGCAGGCUCUCCUCAAGGCCGGCGCCAAGGUAGAUGCUGUUGAUCCAUGGAACCAAACGGCAUUGUUCACCGCGGUUGAUGUUGGCGCAGUGGAUGUUGUUCGAACACUUCUUGAGUUUGGGGCCGACCCUAACAUUUCAUCUAUCAACGGUCAUUCACCACUUGCGCUUGCUACAGGGAAGAAUAGUUCAGAAAUGGUCGAACUAUUAUUGGAGUUCUCAGCGGACCUUGAUGCUCCCGCAUUCGAUGGAAAACCUAUACCUUUCUUAGCUAGCUGGAUGGGGAGUACUGAUGCCCUCGAGAUCCUGAUACGACAUAUAGACGUGGAUCAAGUUUGGCGGAAUGAGCGCUUGAUUCACAUGGCAUGCUUCAAGGGAUGGAAAGGAGUCGUUGACAAGCUUAUCGAGAAGCAUGCAAACCUCAACGAUCCUCCCAGAGAUCUGCCAAAAGCUUCACCAGUGGCUCUGGCCGUUGAGUCGGGCCAUAGUGAUAUUCUGAGGGCCCUUUUGGCUGCGGGUGCUGCAGUCGAGUGCCCUGUGAAGGGAAUGAGCUCUCCCCUACAUAUAGCAGUGGCGGCUCAGAAUUUACUAGGAUGUGAGCUACUCCUUGAUGCUGGGUGCCAAGUCAACGCGGAAGACAAGGAUGGAAGCACGGCUCUCUCAAUAGCGGCAGAUCUGAAUGAUCUCGACAUGGUCGAAUGCCUUGUCUCUCACGGAGCUGAUCCAAGCAGACCGGAUUAUGAAACACCACUUCAUAUUGCGGUCGACUGGGGGAAUUUUGAGAUGGUGGAGAUUAUUCUUUCAAGUCGGUUAUUUUCCGAUAUAGACGCGAAAGGCGAUAAGGAAUACACUGCUCUUGGUAUCGCAACGACAACUGGGAGAUUGGACAUCGUCAGUAUGCUUCUUGAUCACGGAGCAGAUCCAAACAUGCGGAAUGGACCGCAAAACUCAGGUGCUCCACUACACAUUGCAGCCAACAAAGGUCAUCGAAGUAUAGUGAUAGAACUCCUGAAGCGAGGAGCAGAUCCUUACCCGGAAACUACCAAAGAAUCAAGUGCCUUUCAUGCUGCUUGUAUAGGGGGCUGGCUGGACGUGAUGGAAACCUUCUUGGAGGUUGUUGAUGAUGUUGGCGAGUUGGUCAACUUCGAAUGGGGCUGGGCUGGAACCCCUUUGAAAGCAGCUGCAUCAGGUGGGAGACUGGAUGCAGUGAAGCUACUUCUCAGUAAGGGCGCCGACCCAAACAAACAGCUGCAAUCCAAGAUCAAUAAGGGCCAGACUAUCAUCCAUGCCGCCGCUGAGGGAGGUAAUACCCAGGUUUUGGAAGUCAUACUCGACGCAGUCGAUGAUUCGUCACUUGAGAUACGUGAUAGAGCUCAAAGAACACCGCUAUGGUACGCUUGUGUGGAAGGACAUGAGGAUAUGGUCAAAUAUCUACUUGAACGAGGAGCGUCAACAGAUGUCAUCUUUGAUGACGUAGAAAACAUCAUACCUACGAUUGUGUCUGGCGGAUCUGAGAAGAAUCUGAAACUCGUCUUGGAGAAGAAUCCCAACCUCGACACCGACUGCAUCUUAGCAGAUGGCGAGACCCCAUUAUUCAAGGCGGUUUAUUGUGGCCAUGGCAAGCUUGUGUCGAUCCUCUUGGAACGUGGUGCAGAUGUGAACAGGAGAUCGAAAUAUGGAAACGUCCCAGUCUUUGGGGCGAUCACCAAUCGUCAGAAUGAGACUUUACGGAUUCUUCUUGAGCAUGAGUCUAUCGAUUUGACUCAGCGGGACUCCUUCGACCGGACUGCACUUCAGAUAGCACUGCAAUCGGGAACGAGUUUGAUGCCUGCCAUGGUGUUAGGUGCUGCCAAAGACUCGGAUGUAGAGACGAUACUUACCGAGAACCGAGACAUGUACGGACUCAACGCUUAUGACCUGACCAGGCCUGAAGCCAAUAAUCCAGCGCCGUUCGAUCGCUGUGUCGAAGGUGUACGUCAGGAUGCCCGAAGCCUACUAGAUGAUUUCGACCUACACGGGGUAAGAUGGGAGCGCCUUGGCAAGUUCCUGCUUCAGCUUGGGUCGUACAGUUUCGCCCAAAUUGCUCUUCAAAGAAGUGCUCGAGCUGUAGAGACAACCCCCUUAGUUUUGAAGCAUGACAACUACUGUGAUAUGUGUCUUGACACAAUUACAGGUCCUCGCUACGUUUGUUGCACAUGCUGCACAGUCGACCUCUGCGAAGUGUGUGUCAGACGGGACAAGAAACCGGGGAAUCGGACUUGGACCUGCGAUUAUCACUCCUUUCUCGCUAUUCACUUGCCCAAGAUACAGGCCCCAGAUGUAAUGUUGAGGACUGAGAUUGACUUCCACGUACCAUCGCGGCUGUCUCCUAUCGAAGAGGUAGAAUCUGAAACUAGCCAAGGGUGGACAGAAGCAGAUGGCAAUGAAGAUUUUCGGGAGCCUCCAUCUCUGCUAGAUGAUGAGGAUCCCCAGGAUGGCGUCUCUUUGUCUUCGGGCGACACUUCCAACAGCCAUACAAUGGCAAUCGAACCUAUCUCCACACAGUCGUCGACGGCGGUGACUGGUUACUCUUUUGACGACGGCGAACUCUUAGAUAAUGCGACUAACAAGAGCAGUGCGUUAGCAAAGGAAGAGUGGUCAGACAGAACCGAGGAUGAGCUUCGAGAGUUUCUCGAAGCAGUUCUCAAAACUUUCACUACCUACCAGACGCCAAAUGGAAUAUCCAAGUGGAACUUUUCGGUCGAUGGUUGGACUUUGAGGUAUAAAGAUGAUGCUCUGAAAUCCACAUGGGUGGAAGGGGAUGAGAAUACGAAGCUUAUCCCGUCUGUACGAGAGUGGGCGCCGCUUCAGCCGUUGACAGAAGCAUACUAUUACCUGUCAGGGCUUUCGUAUCUCAUGGCAGACGUACCACUGUACCUAGUUGCAACCGGGCUAGUGUUCCAUGGCCUUGAAGACAGAGGCUUCUGCUUCCGAUGUGUACCAAAGCAACGACAUGAGCUUUCGAACUUGCCACCUCCUGAAGAUUGGGAGCUGGCGAAGAAGGACGCGAUGUUUAUACUCACGUCCUUCUAUAGACCAAUGCCUAUCUGUCUUUUUUGUCGCAAGUUCUCAUAUGGUGGUACCGACUGUGGUGAGCAUAGUGACUUUGAUGAAGACGAUCGUCAAGACGUUACCUCGAUCAACUCCACAGACGCCAUCAUGGUUGGGAAAUAUCCGCAGCCAAGCACCCACAGUUUCGCCUGGAAGCCACGACAGGGCGUUGUCGGUGGUAUGGAGCUUCAUUCUCUUGAAGAUGCAGGUGUCGAAAUGGACUGGUUCACUGAACAGCUGAGGAUCGAGCAAGAAUGGGCCAAAUUGUAUCCUUAUGCGCUCUCACCAAUCGCAGAGUCCGGCAUCAUGUUCAUCAUGAUGAACAGCGCGCCUAACGAUUCUUGGGACAAGAUUAAGACCCUGGUACUAGUCAAUAAGUUCCUUAACGGCUUGGUCUCAGGGUCCCACACCGAGCAUAACAAGACAAUACUGCUCUUCCAUCCAUGGCCGCAGCCCGAAUUCAUGCCGAACAUUGACCCUCGCGGGUCUAUAAGACCAUCCCCGCUCGAAUGUCCCAAGGCGAACCUUCAGGAGAUCUUUUCGACCUUUUUCGACCAUGUCCUUUGGACAAGAGCCACUGACGUUCACUCAUUCAAGGGCCAGAUCCCUCGCGACACAUACGAUCGCAUGCGACGUGUAUAUCCCGCGAAAGCACUACUCUCACGUACCCUGGGAUGUCACCUUGCCGUCCCCGAUGCCCUCUUGAACAUCAGUCCUGAACUUGUUGUGUAUGGGCCAGCCAACGAUGGAACCGAUAGGCUUCAGCCUGUAACCUGUCUCAAGAACAGCCAGAUGGGCAGCACACCAGCCCCGUUCAUCAACCCAGCUCUGCUCGCCGAGGAGUACGAAAGCAGGCACCCCUAUUGGUCUCUGCGCAGACAGAGAAAGUCCUGGCAGCUACCAGAGAGCUACUCCCACCACUCUGCGGAGGACCCGGUCAUGUCGCAGAUGAUUAUGCUCGGCCACAUCGAGCAUUCCAUCGACCCAAACAAACCCUGCUGGGCCGACGAGAUCUCCGAUGCCCGGAAAAACGACAUCGAGUGGCGAACGCAGCCCCAGCAUGCUCUUCUCCGUCAUCCUCUAUCCAUGGUCAUGCACACCAACGGUGGCCUCGGCCCACGGGAUACACCCAUGAAUGCGAUUAUUGGUCCUUCAGGAAUUCCGCGUGCACCAAACUUUGGUAACAUGCUACACCCUGCCCGAACGGAGGCCCCAGGGGAAGCGUUUCGCAAGGCGACAAUGGAAUCCGAUACCACAAGCGAUCAAUUUCGAACACUUGAGCUCGAUGAUUCUGGGGAGGAAGACGAUUCCGAAAUGGAGGAGGAUGAUCCUGAAGACGAGAGUGACUAUGAGCUGGACGAAGAUUGA